GUCCCAGGUAAUUCUGAACUAUUUUAUUCUGUUCAUCCAAUUGCACUUGGAUUCGAACUCGGGUUUGUCUUGAAACAAAAGGAGGCCACAUUAUGCUGUGGGCGUCCGCAAACUGCCGGAUGCGGCGAUGGCUUCGUCAUCAGUACAAGGUAUACCUACAACAUCCAAAUCAGCAGCGACAGCAGCACUUCAUGCUACUGGAUCUGGCGGUGGACCCGGGACUUCGUCAUCAGCACAAGGUAUACAUACAAGAUCCAAAUCAGCAGCGGCACCAGUUCAUGCUCCUGCAUCUGCCGGUGGAUCCGGACUGAGGAACAGUGUUUGCAUUUCGGCGAAGAACAACAUCAAGCAACUUCUUUGCUCCUCAGACAGUAACGAAGUGACCACGCUGAAGCCAAGGAGACUGUCGGCUGCCGCCGACACAAGUCGCAAAUGCACAGUUGGCUGCCCGAUUCUAGAUGCACACUUGCGGGGGGGGAUUCCCUGUGGAAGUGUAACUGAGUUGGUCGGUGAAAGCACGAGUGCAAAGACGCAGUUUUGUCUCCAGAUGGCUCUGGCGGUUCAGGCUCCUCUAAGCGAUGGAGGAAUGGGUGGCAGGUCCCUGUACAUCUUCACGGAGGGUUAUUUUCCAAUGAAGCGACUGUGGCAAAUAGCGUCAACCUUGAGGAAACCAACUCGAGUCGAUGAUAAGAAUGCCAUGAAUUGCCCGCAGCGAUCGCCUGCUUCUCCUGUGUUUCCGUCCCAACGUCCUCCUCCUCCUCCUCCUUGUCCUCCUCAAUGUGCGACAAAUGGAAUGCAAACGACGGUUUGCGCCACUUUUCAACAGCAGUACUGGAGGGAACCCUUGUUUUGGAGCACCGUCGGCAGUCGGAGAGGAGAAGAUCCACGUGCCGAAGAGCGUGCUCGCAUCGCUUGCAGCAAUGUCCUUGUCGAAGGAAUUCACACCCCCGACGAACUUCUCUCCCUCCUCAGACACUUGCGCUCAGCAUUUUCCGGCAGAUCCAGGCGCCCAUUACCGUUACGGAUGAUUAUCAUUGAUUCUAUCGCCGCCCUCUUCCGUUCCGAGUUCGAUAACACAAUCCUCGACAUGUCGAACCGCGCAAGCAUUCUGUUUCAAGUUGCCGGGGAGCUGAAGCGCAUCGCUUCUGAAUUCCAGAUACCUGUUCUGCUGACAAACCAAGUGACAGACUACAUAGAAGGCGAGGGAGCUGAGGGUGGCAGCAGCUUGGCGGAAGCUCGAAUUGGGAACUUGAGUUACAUGCUCACGUCAGGUCGGAGGGUGGUUGCCGCGCUAGGCUUGGCCUGGUGCAGCUGCAUAACAACACGUCUCUUUCUUUCCAGGUCGACAAGUGCGUUUGGAAUCACCUUGGAUGGUUCUCAAGCGUACAUGAGGCGCCGAAUGCAAGUGGUUUUCGCGCCCCAUCUCCCACCAACUUCUUGCGAGUUUGUUGUCGAAAGGUGUGGUCUAAGGGGCUUGGUAUCAUAAGCUAAACGCCGAUGUGCCACUCGUCACUUCCCGGGAACAUAGCAUGUUAUAUGACAGCUUUCAAGGCGCACCUGAGGAAUCUGGCUGGCUUCCACAGUG